CGUUACGGACAACAAAAGUUGUUUAAUUUAUGAAAUUUAUUUUUUAUGCAAAAUACUGCACUUCGUGAUACUUUCGCGCACUAAAAAGGCAACUUCCAGUACAAGUCGGGCGGUCAGACAAGAAAAGUUGCUGUGCCUUUAUUCCAAUGAAAAACAUAUUAAUAAUAAAUUUUAAAUAUUUUUGAAAAUAAAUUCGAGGGUACUUAAAAGAAAAAUUACAUCAUCUGCUUUCUUCUUAGCAGUUUUGUUUUAAAAACAAUAAAAGUUGUUUUAGUGAAUCAUUAGAAAAUUUUCUGAAAAAUUUUGCAUCUAUUAUGGGCUUAACUACAGCAACAACGAAGCACAUUUUACUACUACUUAAUUUUAUAUUUACUGUGUUAGCAUUAAUUUUAAUUGGUUUUGGAAUUUUUAUAUUGGUAAGUGGGGCAGAUAACAAAGUCGAUCAUGGAGAGAAUUUGGCGGGAGGACUCAUAAUCGCACUCGGUAUAAUUAUAUUAGUGAUUUCAAUAUUCGGUUGUAUAGCAGCAAUACAUGAAUCGAAGAGAAAACUUAUAGUUUAUAUCUGCAUAUUAGUUGUUAUAAUACUGAUACAACUUGCGAUGGCUGGUAUGGCUUCACAGGGCACAAGAGAUGGUUUGUCGGGUAGUGUGAAAGAAGGUUUUGACACUUUAUGGAAAAUUGAGGAAGGCUCAGUUCAUGAGAAUACUGAUGCUUUAGCGUAUUACGAAGACUGGUUGCAAUGUUGUGGAGUGAACAACACUGACGACUAUCGCCGGAUUAAACAUGCCAUACCGAAAACUUGCUGUGUGGCACAUAAUUGCAGUGUUGCCAGUAACAUCUAUACCCUUGGCUGUCAAGAGAAAUUCGAAGAAUACUUAGCCGGAAAAAUGCUGAUGUUCUCAAUUGUUAGUUGGUUUAUGAUUAUAGCAGAAAUAAUUGGAGCAGUAUUUGCUUGGAUGUUAUAUAGCAGCAUUAAGAAUCAAAGUCGGCGAGCAAAUGUCGGUUGGAUGUAGGAUGUUUUAGUGACUAUCAAUGUAUUCCAAAAUUAUUAUUUUGUAUUUAAUUGUUAUUGAUUUUUUAUUUAAAUUGUUUGUUAUUAUUUUGUGU